AUGCAGAUCAAUUGCGGACCGCUUUCAGCGUUCACCAAUCCCCGCUAUGUGAUCCAUCUGUCGACCGGAAAGCGACUCGUCUUAUUCCGCCUCGCCGCCAUUGACCCGUCCUGUUCUAAACCCAACGAAACGCAAGGAUGGUCCUACUACGCGAUGGAGGCCGAGUGUCCGCAUGCAGGCGGGCCGAUGGCGGACUCCUCGGUCGACAUUGAAGAUUCGGCAUAUAUCGUCUCGUGUCCAUGGCAUGCUUAUGACUUUAACGUGGAGACGGGCGAGUCGAGCGUGGGCAUCAAGGCGUGUACAUUCCCCGUUGAUGUAUCCGACGGUGAUGUCCUGAUCGAUUUUCCGACGGAGGCCGGGGAUGCCGUGGGAAUGAGUCGCGUGGAGCCUGUCAGCGAGAAAGUCAAGUUGAAGUCAAAGUCGAAUCCAACGGCUGCACAGUCUACGGGGACCUCGGUGUCGUCGGUCCCCACGGUAGCAGAACCCUCGAACACGACAGAGGCCGGCCCGAUCCAAUAUCUUGGCGACGAUGCGACGCUAUGCGACUGGGCUGUUCACAUCUUGAAUACCGCUCACCCGGAACACAAGAUCGAAUUGACGACACACCUUUACAACAUCUUUGCUGCGCGAGAAGGCACCGCUUCCCCGAUGGAGAUCGGCCGAGGCACCGUCACUGCGCCGGACCAACCCCGCCGAGAAAAGAUGAUCGAAGUGAGACCCGGCGGAAUGCCCCGUACCAGAAAGGCUGGGUCAGUGAAGAGUCGAAUCGCAUUGCUCCAUGCUCUGGCGAAUAUUGAGUUAUGGGCCAUCGAUCUGGCCAUCGAUAUCUGUGUGCGGUUCUCGACUUUCAAGACAGUCGAAUCGAAUCCGCAGGAGCUUCCUCGGGCGUACUUCCACGACUGGCUCAAGGUCGCCCGCGACGAAGCGAAGCAUUUCUCGCUUCUGCGGUCUCGGAUCGAGGAGCUGGGUUCUUAUUUCGGUGCGCUGCCGGUCCAUAACGGUCUGUGGCAGUCUGCUUUGGAGACGGCGUAUGACCUACGAUCUCGGAUCAGCAUAAUUGCCUUGGUGCAUGAAGCCCGAGGGUUGGAUGUCAAUCCGUUGACGAUUCAAAAGUUUCGCAUUGCGGCGGAUUUGGAGAGUGUCGAGACGCUGGAGAUCAUCCACAAUGACGAAAUUACGCACGUCACGACGGGACACCGUUGGUUGACUUGGAUUUGUGCGCAGGAAGGCACCGACCCUGUGAAGAUCUUCCGAGACAAUGUGUCCAAGCACUUCCGAGGUAGCAUUCAGGGGCCCUUUAACGAGGAAGCUCGUCUGCAGGCUGGGAUGGAUCGUCGGUAUUACGGUCCGACUCCAACGCCGGUCGCAGCUUCAUGA